AUGAAUGAAAUAAAAUCUGAAAGUUUAUUGCAGACAAGACCAUUCAAGUUAGGUAUUGAGGAUAUUCAAAAUUUAGGGUCGUCAUAUUUUAUCGAAAACAAUGAAAAACUGAAAAAAUACAAUAAUGAAAUCAGUUCAUUGAAAAAAGAACUGGACAUUUUAAAUGAAAAAAUGGGGAAAUGUACUACAACAACGAAGAUUGUCGAACCAGCCAAAACUCCUGAAUUUACCUUCUGGUAUUAUGAACUUAAAGAAAUGAAAGGAUUUCAGGAUCUGGUUAUGUAUGAAGUAAAGAAGAAGAAAAAACACUUCAAAGUUUUGAGCCACAGUUGCCUAAAAUAUUUAAGCAAUCGAGAAAAGAUGAAAAUAAAAAAACAAGAAGAAGAAGAGAAAAGAUUAAAAUUAUAUUCAAAGAAUAUAUCGUCUUAUAUGGAUGUAUUUUGGAAGAAAAUAGAAAAGCUAGUAUGGGAAGAAAAAAAGCGAGAAUUACAACAAACAUUAAAUAAAAAAAAAGAAAUGAGAUUUAAAAAGUUUGUAAAAGAAGCCAUAAAAAAAAUAAAAGAUGCUAGACAUAAUAAUGCUCAUGAAUUAUUUGAAAAUAAAUAUGUUAGCAUGAGCUCAAAUAAUAACAGUGAAAUUGUUAAUAAUAAUGCAUCAUCCGUUGAUAAUGGUGAUAAAGAAUUAAAAGAAGAUGAUCUUACCGAUCAAGAAGAAGAAGAUUAUCUCUUGGAUGAGCAAAUGAGCUCGACUGAUGAAUCUGAAAACAAAGAAGAAGAAAUCAAUAUGUUAGAUGAUGAAGCAAACCUACCCAUUGAAGAAUUGUUGAAAAGAAUGUAUGGUUUUAAGAGUGGAGAGGAUUAUAUAAAUUUUAUGGAAAAUGAAGACGACGCAAAUGAAGAGAAUGUAAUUGAAACGAGUCAUAAUGAUGAAAAAAGUGGAGAUAAUAGCAUUGGUGAGGAUGAUAAUAAUAAUGAUGAAAAAGGUGGAGAUAAUAACAUUGAUGAGGAUGAUAAUAAUAAUGAUGAAAAAAGUGGAGAUAAUAGCAUUGGUGAGGAUGAUAAUAAUAAUGAUCACAAAAGUGGAGAUAAUAACAUUGAUGAGGAUGAUAAUAAUAAUGAUCACAAAAGUGAAGAUAAUAGCAUUGGUGAGGAUGAUAAUAAUAAUGAUGAAAAAGGUGGAGAUAAUAACAUUGAUGAAAAUGAUAAUAAUAGUGAUCACAAAAGUGAAGAUAAUAACAUUGAUGAAAAUGAUAAUAAUAGUGAUCACCAAAGUGAUCAAGAGCAAUUUAAUCAUGAGACUAAGGAUGACAUAAUUAAGAAUUCCUCGUAUGAACAUAUUGAUAAUAAGAAUUAUUAUAAUAAGACAGGAGAAGAUUACAAAAGUGAUAAGGAAAAUUAUUCACCAACCAGAUUUCAUAAUAAAUUAAAAAAGGAAAAAUAUGAUGAAUAUGAUACAAAGCUGAAAAUAGAAAAAAGAGAAGAAGAAAAUAAAAAUUAUGAAAAGGAUGAACAUGAAUAUGAAAGUGAUAAUUAUGAUAAGGAAAAAAUAAAUAAAAAAAAAGAAUUAAUUUUAUUAAAAAAUGAUAUCGAAAACGAUUCAGAUGAAACCUCUGAACAUAUAAAAAGAGAUAGUAGAUCAUCUUGUCAAAAACAAAAUUGUGAAAAGAAAAGAAGAAUUAUAAAAGAUGAAUAUAAUUUAAGAAGGACAAAAAUAGCUAAAAGUAAACCAUCUAGCGAUAAUAACAAUAGUGAGAAUGAUAAUAAUAAUGACAAUAAUAAUGACAAUAAUAAUGACAAUAAUGAUGACAAUAAUGAUGACAAUAAUGAUGACAAUAAUGAUGACAAUAAUGAUGACAAUAAUGAUGACAAUAAUGAUGACAAUAAUAAUGAGCACAAAAAUGAUAGUGAUGAUAAUGAUGAUAUAUUAACAUGUAACAUGGAUGAAAAACAUUUAACAAAAAUCCCUCCUAUUAUUAAAGCGACCUUACGAGAUUAUCAACAUGCAGGGUUACAUUGGUUAUUAUAUUUAUAUAAAAAUAAUAUUAAUGGUAUAUUAGCUGAUGAAAUGGGUUUAGGAAAGACAUUACAAUGUAUAUCAUUGUUAAGUUACUUAGCUUAUUAUUUUAAUAUAUGGGGUCCACAUUUAGUAAUAGUACCAACAUCUAUAUUAAUAAAUUGGGAAAUUGAAUUAAAACGUUUUUGUCCAUGUUUUAAAAUUUUAUCAUAUUAUGGAAAUCAAAAUGAAAGAUAUAAAAAAAGAGUUGGAUGGUUUAAUAAAGAUUCUUUUCAUAUAUGCAUUUCUAGUUAUUCAACUGUUGUAAAAGAUCAUUUAGUUUUUAAAAGGAAAAGAUGGAAAUAUAUAAUAUUAGAUGAAGCUCAUAAUAUAAAAAAUUUUAAUACAAAACGUUGGAAUAUUAUAUUAAGUUUAAAAAGAGAUAAUUGUUUAUUAAUUACAGGUACCCCUUUACAAAAUAGUUUAGAAGAGUUAUGGUCUUUACUUCAUUUUCUUAUGCCAAAUAUAUUUACAUCUCAUUUGGAUUUUAAGGAAUGGUUUUCAGAUCCUUUAAAUUUAGCUAUAGAAAAAAGUAAAAUUCAUCAUUCCAAAGAAUUAAUAGAUAGAUUACAUACAGUUAUACGUCCAUAUAUUUUAAGAAGAUUAAAGAAAAAUGUAGAAAAAGAAAUGCCAAAUAAAUAUGAACAUAUAAUUAAAUGUAAAUUAACACGAAGACAACAAAUAUUGUAUGAUGAAUUUAUAAAUAAUAAAAAUGUACAAAAUACAUUAAAUACAGGAAAUUAUAUAGGAUUAAUGAAUAUAUUAAUACAAUUAAGAAAGGUAUGUAAUCAUUGUGAUUUGUUUACUAAUAAAUAUAUACAAACACCUUAUUAUUAUAUGUUAUCAAUUCGUUAUUUUGUACCUCGUUUUUUUAUUUUAUUUGAAAAAAAUUAUUAUGCAGAUUUUUAUCUAAUACUUUUUCUUCAUAAUGAAUUUACAUCUCUGGGUGGUCGAGAUGUUACCAAAGAAACAAGUCCAUCUUCCAAAUCAUUUGACCUUGCUCAUAUUCUAACGAAACAUAAUACUAAUGAAUUGUAUGAUAAUAAUCACAUUUCUGAAUUGUAUGAUAAUAAUCAUAUUUCAGAAUUGUAUGAUAAUAAUCAUAUUUCUGAAUUGUAUGAUAAUAAUCAUAUUUCUGAAUUGUAUGAUAAUCCAAUGAGUCAUAAAAAUUACAAACAUAAUUCAAAUGGUUAUACGUAUCCAAAUGAUCCUAUUAAUAAUAUGAAUAAUAAUCCAUCUGGAUUUACAAAAACGAGUGAACAAUUUGGUCAGAUUGUAUCACAUGAAAGGGAUAAUAAUUAUCAUAUGAUGGAUCAUAAUAAUAUGAAUAAUUUAUUAUCAAAAGAAAUGGUAAAUUCCUUGAGAAACGAUGAUAAUUCAAAUAAUAAUUUUUAUAAAUAUUCUCUCACAUCUAAUAAUAAUGAUUCGCAGACAAGUAUACAUGAUAACAAACAAUGUGAUUAUAAUAAGUUAUGUGCAGAUACUUUUAACAAUAUUAAUAGUAUUGGGAAUGAGGAAAAACGUUCCCUAAAUGUUUUAAACGAACAAAACAACAACAAUAGUAAAGAUAAUAAUAAUAAUAUAGAUAAUAAUAAUAAUAUAGAUAAUAAUAAUAAUAUAGAUAAUAAUAAUAAUAUAGAUAAUAAUAAUAAUAUAGAUAAUAAUAAUAAUAAUAUAGAUAAUAAUAAUAAUAUAGAUAAUCAUCAUAAUAAUAACCAACAUUGUAAUUAUAAUGAUAAUUGGCCAAGUGAUUAUCCAACUAAUAUUAUUAAUCAUAGGAAUGCUUUUCUUUCCAUACUAAAACUCUUGAACCAAAGCAACCCUCUUAACAACGACAAUAAUAAUAAUAAUAAUAAUAAUAAUGGGAAUAAUAAUAUAUAUAAUAUGAACAGAUAUAAUAGUCGUAAUAGUCGUAAUAGCUCGCUGUCUAAUAUUUUUUCAUCGAAUACAAGUAAAAUGAAUUCAUUCCAACUUGAUUUUCUAUACACGAACAGUUUUAUAAAUCAAGAUGCUCUAUGUAAGAAUUCUUUUUUUGUUAACAUAAAUAUAGAAGAUGUUCAUAGUUAUAUUUAUAAUAGUAUAUAUAAAGAAUAUAUUCCUAAGAAUAUUUUAAGUUUUUCUGAUGAAUUUCUCACCGAAUUAAAUAAUAAUUAUGAUAUUCUUUCCUUGUAUAUUGAUCCAUAUAAUAGAUAUAAAAGUUAUAAUGAAUACCUAUACAAAAUGAAAGAAGAAGGAACAUUAACAAAUCAACAAUCAUUAGGCGAUAUAAAUAAUAAACAUAUUUAUCAUAAGAGUACAUCUAAUGAAAAUACACAUAUGAAAAAUAGGAAAACAUUUAUUUACAAAUAUAAUAAUAUGUUUAAAGUAAUUAAUAAUGAUACACAAUAUCAAAAUAUUUUUACGGAUGACACAAAUAAUUCGUAUUAUAAUUCAUUAGAACAUAAUUUAUGGAUUAAAAGAAAUCAAAUCGAUGAAAGAAAAAAAGAAGAAGAAGAGGAACAAAAUAAAUAUUAUAAUGUGUGUAUGAAUAAUUUAUAUAUAUUAAGAAAUGAAAGAAUACCUAUCUUUGGUAAAAAUUUUCUAGACUUAAUUAAAAAAGAAUUUACAAAGGAUAAAAAUAUUGUUUAUAAUUAUACGAACAAUGUUCCUAUUGAUUAUUAUUCAUCAGUGAAGGAAGUUUGGGUUGAGGAUAUUUGUGAAAAGGAUAACAAAAAGAGGAAAUGUAAAAGAGAAAAGAGAUGGUACAAGAAAAUAAAGAAAACAAACAAUCCACCAGAAGAUAGUGAGGUUUACAGAGAAAAUAGUAGUGACGUAGAAAAAUAUAAUUGUGAUGUAGAAAAAGAUAAUUGUGAUGAUGAAGAAAAAGAUAAUUGUGAUGAUGAAGAUAUGAAUUCUAAUUUAUCUUCUAAUGUGUAUGGAUGUAUUGAUAUAUCAUCACAAAAUUUUAUUCAUUCCAGAUAUCAUAAUCCAAUGAUGAAUAUGUCUUAUAUAAUUGAGUUCUUAUUUCCUAAUAUGGAACAAUUUUUAAAACGACAUGAAAAGAUGAUACAUAAUUUUACGUUAAUAAAUAAUCCAUCCGUGAUAUGUAAAAGUCAUGAUAUAAGAAUAAAUAAUAAUUUAUUAAAUUAUAGUAAUGAUAAAAUGAAUCCAAUAAUUUUACAAAUAAAAAAUGCUACUAGGGUAUAUCAUGAUGCAUUUUUAAAACAAUCAAUCAUCUUCCCUUUAAAUAAAGAUAUAUCAUUAGGAAGUGGGAAAUUAUGUGCCCUAGAGAAAUUAUUAAGUAAAUGUAAAAGAGAAGGAAAUAAAUGUUUAUUAUUUACACAAUUUAUUAAAAUGUUAGAUAUAUUAGAAAUUUUUUUAAACCAUUUAAAUUAUUCUUUUAUAAGAUUAGAUGGAUCUACAAAAGUAGAACAACGUCAAAAAAUUGUAACCAAAUUUAAUAAUGAUAAAUCCAUUUUUAUAUUUAUAUCUUCCACACGUAGUGGUAGUAUAGGUAUUAAUUUAACAGCAGCAAAUGUCGUCAUUUUUUAUGACACCGAUUGGAAUCCAUCAAUUGAUAAACAGGCUAUGGAUAGAUGUCAUCGUAUAGGACAAACAAAAGAUGUACAUGUUUUUAGAUUUGUUUGUGAAUAUACUGUAGAAGAAAAUAUAUGGAAAAAACAAUUACAAAAAAGGAAACUAGAUAAUAUUUGUAUAAAUAUGGGAAAUUUUAAUAACUCAAAUACCCAUUCAAAAAUAACAGACACAGAUCCUACACAUAAUAAAGAUUGGUUUACUAAUGUUGAUACAAUCAAGGAAGUAUUUAUUAACAAAAAAAAUAAUGAUGAUGACGACGAUAUGUAUAAAGAUAGAUUAUUACAUGAACAAGUCGAAAAUAAAGAUAAAAUGAAUGUCCGUUUUGAAAAAACAUUAGAGCAUGUUGAGGAUAAGGAUGAUAUACGUGCAUUAAAUGAGACUAAAAAGGAGACACAAAAUGAGAUAUCUCAAAAUAUGCAAGAGUUUACUACACGUAAUGACUUCCAAGACAGCUAUAAUCUCACAUCGUACUGCUUCAAUUUCUUAAACGAAAAUCUAACAGACUCCUUAAAACAACAAAUUGAUGAAAUGAGAAUGAAAAUUGAAAUUGAAAUGAUGAAUACGGGAGAUGAAAAUAUGUCCCUCAGUGACUUAUCAAAUAAAUCCCAUAAUUCAGAAUAA